CGCCCAGCCGGUGGGGAAAGCACGGUGCUGACCUCAGGUAGUGCCGCCGUCCUGCUUCAAAGCAGCUCCUGCCAAGUGGGUGAAACGAGCAAGCGAGCGGAAGAAGGAUGGCAGAGAUGGAGCUGACCAAGACGUGCCUGCUCAUGAACAGCAGUUGCAUGGGGAGUCAGGAAAGCAAAGCCGACAGCACGUGGAUUCUUCCCAACUUGCCCAGUAAGUGCACAUGGACAGCUGCAACACCUGCCACCAAGUCUCCACACUCCUGCAUGCCCUUGCCAGAAGAAACAAAGAUCUUGCCCAACAUCCUGAAGAAAAUUGGCUGCACCCCAAUGGUCCGAGUCAACAAGAUUGGGAAGUCCUAUGGGCUCAAGUGUGAGCUCUUGGCAAAAUGUGAGUACUUCAACGCGGGGGGCAGUGUGAAGGACCGCAUCAGCCUGAGGAUGGUGGAAGACGCAGAGAGAGCUGGGAUUAUAAAACCAGGAGACACACUGAUUGAACCCACUUCAGGAAACACAGGAAUCGGGCUGGCACUGGUAGCUGCAGUGAAAGGUUACCGCUGCAUCAUUGUCUUGCCGGAGAAAAUGAGCAUGGAGAAGGUCGAUAUUCUGAAGGCGCUGGGUGUCGAAAUCGUGAGGACCCCGUGCACCCGCUUUGAUGCCCCGGAGUCUAACAUUCGUGUUGCCUGGAAGCUGAAAAGUGAAAUCCCAAACUCUCACAUCCUGGACCAGUACCGAAAUCCAAGCAACCCCCUGGCUCAUUACGACACCACAGCUGAGGAGAUCCUGGAGCAGUGCGAAGGCAAGGUCCACAUGGUGGUGAUUGGGUCUGGCACAGGAGGCACCAUCACUGGCAUCGCCAGGAAGCUGAAGGAGAAGUGCCCGGAGUGCAAGAUCAUUGGUGUAGAUCCCGACGGCUCCAUCGUCGCUCUGCCCAGUGAGAUGAACAGGACGAACACCACAACGAUCGAAGUGGAGGGCAUUGGGCAUGACUUUAUCCCUACUGUCCUUGACAGAUCAGUGGUUGAUCAGUGGUAUAAAUGCAAUGACAGAGACUCGUUCCUCAUGUCUCGCAGGCUGAUCAGAGAGGAGGGAUUAUUGUGCGGAGGCAGCUCGGGCAGUGCCAUGUCCGUCGCCGUGCGGGCUGCCAAGGACCUGAAGGAAGGUCAGCGCUGCGUCGUCAUCCUGCCCGACUCCGUCAGGAACUACAUGUCCAAAUUUUUGAAUGAUAAGUGGAUGAUAAAAAAUGGUUUCCUAAAUGACGUCCAGGAGCACAAGCCUUGGUGGUGGAACAUCAAGGUGCAGAAACUGAAUCUCUCAGCCCCUCUCAUUCUCCUCCCAGAAGUCAGCUGUCAAAAGGCAAUUGAGAUCCUCCAGGAGAAGGGAUAUGACCAAGCUCCUGUUGUUGCUGAAUCAGGACUUAUUUUGGGAAUGGUGACCCUCAGCAACACCCUCACCUCAGUGCUGGCUGGAAACGCACAGUUCUCAGACCCUGUUACGAAGGUCAUCUACGACCAGUUCUCAAAGAUUGGCCUGGAGGACAGUCUUGGGAAGCUUUCCUGCAUCCUGGAGAACGACCAUUUUGCUAUUGUUGUACACGAGCAAAUGCAGUUCAAUGGCAAUGGCAGUUCCUUCAUGAAGCAGAUGGUGUUUGGCGUGGUCACGGCGAUGGACCUCCUCACCUUUGUCAGCAGAAAUGACAAGAAGUAGCACAGCAGUUUGGCUGCACCCACCUCCGCUCCUCCGGCAGGGCCAGCCGCUCCCCCCGAGCCUGAACCACCUGGCUGACGGUGCUUUCUGGUCCAAUCCAGCUGAUAGUUUCUCAAAAUGACUAGGUGAAAAUUGUAAUGUAAUAACCAUUUGUCCAGUAAAUGCCACCCAGAAUAUCACUAAAGAGAAGAUAACUCAAGAAAUUGCGUUUAAUAGCCAUGUUUGGUUACAUGGAGCUACCCAGGGCUGGAGAGGUAACGCAGUGGGAGGGAUGAGAAGGGUGCCCGGUUUUUAGCAGGUGUGGGGUUUGGUGUGUUUGCUAGCAGUAGCGCACGCGCUGCCGGUGGUGUAGUUUCCGCGAGUUGUCCUGGUCCCACCAGGGCUGGAGCCUGUCUCCGCCGUGAGAAGAUCCAGCCCUCUUGAGGGCUGGGGGCAAGCCACGUGGCAGCUGCACCCUCCUGCUCCUCUCCCCCCCUCGCAGGGACGGCUGCAGGCAUCCCCCAGAGACCUUCUUUCUCACCCCCCGGCUCCGUUUGGGGGCCAAGGGGGGCAGCUUUUUCCUGCCUUCCCUGGGGGCGAGUGGGAGAGGCAGAGCCCUGGAGGAGCCCUGAGGAGGGGAGCGGGUGGGACGUGGCACCCUGGUACGCGAAAGGUGGGGAGCUGGGCAGCACGGGCAGGAGGGACGGGAAGGGACAGCCGAGGGCUGUGAUGGGCAGGGGGACGAGGUGCUGGGCAGGUGGGGAACGAUCGCUCCCGCAGCAGCAGCUCGCCUUUGGAAGGCACCUUCCUCACCUCUGGGGGAGCGGGUGGCACCGGGUGCCUUGAGUGUGGUCCCAUGGGAGGGGGCGGCGAACCGAACCCCUUCAAGACGUAAAGACUCAUUCUCACGACACAGUAACUGGGAGAGGGGAUACAGCUUCAUCCCUGUGUCCCGUAGCAGUCAUCUCAUGAAUAUGCAUCCUGAGAGCUCGUUAUCGAGGGGUAGAGGGGAAGCAGAGGUUGACCUUAAUUUUGCUGUCAGAGUAUUAUGUUCCAGGAGCUGAUAAUGAAGGUCAGAAGAGCCAUUUGCCAUGGCUGCAAAAAACAUAAAUGAAAGCAAAUGUGAAAGGAGGGCUGUGGGACUAAACUGAAGUGCUGUUGAAACACGGGUUGGGGGAGUUGCUUUCAAAAGACACAAAGAGCUUUACAGUCUUUCCAUAAGUCUCGGGAGCUGCUCCAAGGGCACAACAACCAAUUCUGAUUUUGGCUUGCUGCUAAGUGGCUAGUCCAUACUUUCAAUCUAAUCCAGUUUGUAUGAGACUUUUAUUAAAUUAUAGGAUGCUGAAGUAUUUAUAUUUAGGAAGAGUGUCUCCGCUGCUUUUUGUUUCCUGAGUGACACAAGCUAUACCAGAUCUUCUGCGAGUUUUUGCUUGAGUAAUAACCAUAUUUGUCCAGAAAAAGUAAAAACUUAUUAGCUCAA